AAUUUCCCCAAUACUGGCAACGAUGCGAGAUGCCAUAAUAGAAUUCAUAAUUAAAACACAGUAUAGUAAUAGUAAACAAAGAUUUUUCUUUAUUAAUUUUGAAUUUUUAUUAGGAAUCAUCUGGAGGCUCCUCCGAAAUCCGAAUCACCUGGUGGCAGUCUCUCAGCACCCAACAGAAAUGUAUUCCGAGUUUCAGUGACACCAUAAACCAGUCCAUCAAUUCCGGCUGCAUAUGCCACGUGGCAGAGAAAUGUUGGUAGUUGACUGGGUAAAAAAUACAAGGCUCCACAUCUUUUUCUGCUAAACAAAAAUAUCCGUACAUGUAGUAUGUAGGCACUGGAUAGUAGAGACCAUCUUCAUUCGCUGCCUUUCUUCUCCUUCUCUGCUCCACUUUCUCUCCCUGCAAAAGCCAUAUAUACACACAUACUCUCUCUCUCUCCCUAACUGUCUUCGCUUCUGCAACAAUGACGGACACCACCGAUGACAUAGCUGAGGAAAUCUCCUUCCAGGUCUUCGACGACGACUGUAAGUUGCUCGGUAACCUUCUCAAUGAUGUCUUGCAGAGAGAAGUUGGGAACGAAUUCAUGGAGAAGCUCGAGAGAACUCGGAUUCUUGCUCAGAGUGCUAAUAAUAUGAGGAUGGCGGGAGUAGAGGACAUGGCCGAGCUGGUAGAGAAGCAGCUUGCUUCAGAGAUUUCGAAGAUGACCUUAGAGGAGGCGUUGUCUCUGGCUCGUGCUUUCAGUCAUUACCUCAAUUUAAUGGGUAUUGCCGAAACCCAUCACAGGGCUCGUAAAUCAAGGAACUUAGCAUUGCUCUCAAGAUCAUGCGAUGAUGUUUUUGAUAAGCUUUUACAGAGUGGAGUUUCCCCUGAUGAGCUUUAUUAUGCUGUAUGCAAACAGGAGGUUGAAAUUGUUCUUACUGCACAUCCCACACAAAUUAAUCGCCGAACCUUACAAUACAAACACAUUAGAAUUGCUCAUCUCUUAGAUUAUAAUGAUCGUUCUGAUCUAAGUCAAGAAGAUCGAGAAAUGCUUUUUGAAGAUCUGGUGAGAGAGAUAACUUCGAUAUGGCAAACAGAUGAACUUAGGCGCCACAAACCUACACCAGUUGAUGAAGCGAGGGCAGGUUUGAAUAUUGUGGAACAGUCUCUCUGGAAAGCUGUACCUCAUUAUUUACGACGUGUUAGCAAUGCUUUGAAGAAGCAUACUGGAAAGCCUCUUCCAUUGACAUGCACACCAAUAAAGUUUGGAUCCUGGAUGGGAGGUGACAGAGAUGGGAAUCCUAAUGUAACAUCUAAGGUCACAAAAGAUGUCUCUCUUUUAUCUAGGUGGAUGGCUAUGGAUCUCUACAUUCGGGAAAUGGAUAGCCUCAGAUUUGAACUAUCCAUGAAUAGAUGUAGUGAUAGAUUGUCAAGACUGGCACAUGACAUUCUAGAACAAGAAACUUCAUCUGAGGAUCGGCAUGAGAGUUGGAACCAGUCUUCAAAUAAAAGUCCACUAAAGCUACAGGCUUCAUCCCUUCCAUCACAACUUCCACAUAGAGCUGAUCAACCAUCUUGCACUGAAUGCAGUGAUGAUGGAUCUCAGUACCCCAGGGUAGAAUUUCCUGGGACGGACUUUAGGCCGUUGAAUCGCCAGGAUGGUCAGACUUCUUCCUACCGUGAUUCAAGUCUCAACCCACGUAUAAUGUUGUCUAAUGGAUCUUCAGCUGCUUCUACUAAUGGGCAGUCUGCGGUGGCAUCAAAGUCUGCUUCUUUCAAUGGCAGUCAAGUCCUUGCUCAAAGGAAAUUGUUUUCAGAGUCUCAGAUUGGUAGAUCCAGUUUUCAAAAGCUUUUAGAGCCAAGGCCUCAGCAAUCUGGCAUUGCUCCUUAUAGAAUUGUUCUUGGAAAUGUCAAAGAGAAGCUUGUAAGGACACGGAGGCGACUGGAGCUUCUUCUUGAGGAUCUUCCUUGUGAGUAUGAACCUUGGGAUUACUAUGAGACAUCUGAUCAACUUUUGGAACCCCUACUUCUGUGCUACGAGUCUCUGCACUCAAGUGGAUCUGGGGUUCUAGCCGAGGGUCGGCUUGCUGACCUGAUACGAAGAGUUUCUACCUUCGGGAUGGUUCUAAUGAAGCUGGACCUGCGCCAGGAAUCGGCCAGACAUGCUGAGACUCUAGAUGCAAUUACCAAUUAUUUGGAUAUGGGUGCAUAUAGCGAGUGGGAUGAAGAGAAGAAACUAGAAUUUUUAACAAGAGAGUUGAAAGGGAAGAGGCCACUAGUUCCCCAGAGUAUAGGGGUUCCUUCCGACGUUAAAGAAGUACUGGACACCUUCCGUGUUGCUGCUGAGCUAGGGAGUGAUUCACUGGGAGCAUAUGUGAUUUCCAUGGCAUCAAAUGCCACCGAUGUCCUCGCAGUUGAGCUUUUACAGAAAGAUGCACGACUAGCUGUUAGUGGGGAGUUAGGAAGACCAUGUCCUGGUGGAACGCUGCGGGUGGUUCCACUAUUCGAAACUGUGAAGGACUUGAGAGGAGCUGGCUCCGUGAUCAGGAAAUUGUUAUCAAUUGAUUGGUACAGAGAGCACAUUAUUAGGAACCAUAAUGGGCAUCAAGAGGUGAUGGUGGGAUAUUCUGAUUCUGGUAAAGAUGCUGGGCGCUUUACCGCUGCAUGGGAACUCUACAAAGCCCAAGAGGAUGUUGUGAGUGCCUGCAAUGAUUAUGGGAUAAAAGUUACAUUGUUCCAUGGGCGUGGGGGAAGUAUUGGGCGUGGAGGUGGCCCUACAUACUUAGCUAUUCAAUCACAACCACCUGGUUCUGUAAUGGGUACCCUACGGUCAACUGAACAAGGAGAAAUGGUACAGGCAAAAUUUGGGCUGCCGCAAACAGCUGUUAGACAGCUAGAAAUAUACACAACAGCCGUGCUCAUUGCGACGCUACGUCCUCCACAGCCACCUAGGGAAGAAAAAUGGCGUAAUCUUAUGGAAGAGAUCUCAAAUACCAGUUGCCAGAAUUACCGGAGCAUAGUUUAUGAAAACCCGGAUUUUCUUGCCUACUUCCAUGAAGCUACACCUCAGGCUGAGCUUGGCUUCCUUAACAUAGGAAGUCGCCCCACAAGAAGAAAGAGUUCGAAAGGAAUUGGACACCUUCGUGCUAUACCAUGGGUGUUUGCAUGGACCCAAACAAGAUUUGUUCUUCCUGCUUGGCUUGGUGUUGGUGCAGGUUUAAAGGGUGUUUGUGAGAAAGGACACACAGAAGACUUAAAAGCAAUAUACAAAGAAUGGCCUUUCUUUCAGUGUACCAUCGACCUUAUAGAGAUGGUCUUAGGGAAGGCUGACAUUCCUAUAGCCAAGCACUAUGAUGAAGUCCUUGUGUCCAAGGAACGGCGUGAGCUUGGUUCUGAUCUUAGAAAGGAGCUCUUGGCUACAGAGAAGUUUGUAUUGGUGGUCAGUGGACAUGAGAAACUAUCUGAGAACAACCGGAGCUUAAGGAGGCUGAUUGAGAGCAGGCUUCCUUAUCUUAAUCCCAUUAACAUGUUACAGGUUGAGAUUCUAAAGAGGCUGAGAUGCGACGAUGAUAACCAUAAGCUCAGAGAUGCACUGCUGAUCACCAUAAAUGGAAUUGCAGCUGGGAUGAGGAAUACGGGCUAAGGUUACCUCUCUUAAAGCUCUUAAUAUGUAAAUUCUGAGAUGAUGAAAACCUUCCAUUCUAUUCUAACGUAUAGGAAAGAAAAUGUUCUUUCUUUUGAAGUGUGCUUUCAUGAAAUUUGUAUCUUUAUAGUGUUGUGUUAGUUGAAAUGAAAUAUUCGACUCUGUAUUACGCUUUGAAUCUUUAUCGUGGUGGUCUUUAGAUCGUCUUAUUAAACUAUUGAAAAUAUAUUCUCAAGUA